AUGAAUAAGAAUGAGUCGCAUUUCUUGGACUCGAGAGUUAUAAUAAUGUCGACGAUUCUGACGUCGUCGGUUUUUGGUGGAUAUAAAUUCUAUACCAGAUUUCUUCGACCAAUCCAAAAGGCUACAGAUAUACCCACUGGUCAUUUUUACAAGAGAAGCUUAUUAGGAAAAGUUACAAGUGUGGGUGAUGGUGACAACUUUCAUUUCUUUCAUACCCCUGGUGGGAUAAUAGGUGGUUGGAAUUGGCUGAGAUUCCCACCAAAGACAAAUCAAAGAAAUUUAAAGAAUAAAACGUUGCAUAUCAGAUUAUGUGGUGUUGAUGCUCCAGAAAGAGCACAUUUUGGGAAACCAGCGCAGCCGUAUUCUGAUGAAGCUUUGGGAUGGUUGAGAAGUUUCAUAUUGGGCAGAAGGAUCAGAGUGAAACCAUUAUCUAUCGAUCAAUAUGGUAGAGUUGUGGGGAAGGCGACCAUUUGGACAUUAUUUGGUCGUAAGAAUGUUAGUCUUGAAAUGAUUAAGAAUGGUGUUGGUAUUGUGUAUGAAGGUAAGGCAAGUGCUGAAUUUGAUGGAGAUGAAAUGAUAUUCAGAGAAGAAGAGAAGAAAGCUAAAAAAUCCAGAAAGGGGUUAUGGGCAUCAGGUAAAAAAUUACAAACACCAGGUGAAUUUAAGAAACAGCAUAGAACAUAG